UACUGUUUUUACAGUAUUCCAGAUCAAAUAAAUGCAUAAGAGACUUCUUCCAACAACAUUAAAAAUAUUUUUUGACCCCAACCAAAACCGUUACUGAAGAUCUAUUUUUAUUGGUGCACACAUAGCGAUGGACCGACUCAUUCACCAAGGCUGACUCACCACCCCAGAAAAGUAUGUAAUGAUUUGGUUAUAUAAUUUCCGUGGCAUGUUAACAUCUCCAUCAUCAUGCACAUUUUAUCACAACAAGGUUUGUUUUGUUUUUUAUUCCAAUUAUUAAGCAUUACAAUGAUGAAUUAUAUUGCUUAUUGUUAUGAAACAAUUUGGUUUAGAUUGACUUAAUAGGGUUGACAGUAUCAGCUAUGUCAAAAAUGACCUUUUUUCUCACAAAUACAACUCCUUUGGUUUUAACUUUUAGCAACAAAAUAUAUUUAAACAAAUGAUACAUCAGUGAAGCAGGGAUAGGAGGAGGUUGUUUUGUCUGUAAUGUGUUCAGCUGUUCAUAGUAGUCAUCCUGAGAAAGAGGCUUUCUGACACUGACUGCCGAUCUAAUAAUAUAUAAUGAUAAAAAGGGGGAUGGGGGCACACUGUCCUGGCAACAAGGGUAUAAAAGAGCCAGGACAAAAAGACAAAGUACACAACUUGACCAGAAACCGGACCGCAACCACCAUACAGAAUGUCUCAGCCAGAGGUUAAGAAGAAGAAGCGGCCAGUUGUAAAAGAGGAGGAUCUGAAAGGAGCACGCAGUAAACUGGGACUGAAAGGAGAGGUCAAGAGCAAGACAUAUGAGGUCAUGAUCGAGUGUGAGCGCAUGGGGAAGGCGGCGCCGUCUGUUUUCAGUGGAGUGCGUUCUGGCGGAGAGACAGCGCUCGGGAAACCCAAUCCUCCAUCAGGAAGCGUGUUUGGCAAAUGAUUGAAUGCUGAAUAGACGAAUGUCCACAUCAUGAAUAAUGUGUAUAUUGAUGUUGCAUAUUUGCAAGUAUUGCUGUAUGUUUUUUUUUUUUUUUUUUUUUUUUUUUUACUGUUUGAUGUUAUAUGUUCAUAUCAAAUUGCACCUGAAACAUUUUAUGAGUUAGUUUCUAGCGUCAUGUUUUCUAUAUAAAACAUUUCUUAAAAGUAUCACAUGGUCACCCAGUAUUCUUCUAUCAUGCCGUUUAUGACUGCCAUUUCAAACAAUGAGAGCAAAUAUUACAUCAUCACAUAGUGGUUUAAUAAAAAUCUUUGCUUCCUGUGCAGAUUUGGGGAAGGGGAGUUGAGUAAAAAUUAAAAUAGAUGCUCAUUAAAGGAUGUAUACAUAGUAGUAGGUAAACAAAUAGUAAAGGUAAAAAUAAAUAGAUAUAUUUGGGUGGUUCAGUAUAUCCAUGAGACAGUUUUAAGACUGCAACAGCAAAUUCUCAGAAUCAACAAAUGAAAAAAAAAAAUCUUGCUCAAAUGUACACACACCCACGCGCGCGCACACACACACACACACACACAGAGAGAGAGAGAGAGAGAGAGAGAGAGAGAGAGAGAGAUUCACUGGUAAGACAUGCAACAGCAAAUUUUGAGAAUAUGCAAAAAUAAAUAAAAAAUACAAAAGAGACUAACUCAAAUGCGUGUGCACACAGAGAGAGAGAAUUAACUUAAUUAGCAUUAUUUUAUGUUUAUUUUUGUUCAAUCAUAAAUGCUGUUCCCUUAUGAAAUUUUUAUUACUUAUUGAAUAAAAAAAA